CAGACCGUCCUCGCCGCCGUUCGCGCUCGUUUCUCGUCGUCGUCACCGUCGUGGACGUUGGACGCUCUUUGCGACCGUCUUCUGUCCUCCCCAUUCUUGUUAAGCAGCCAGGGCUCAUCUCCGACGCUCUGCGUUAGCUCUCCUUUCGUACUGUCACAGUUUUCUACGGUCUUCAACUCCUCGUACUCAUAAGCGCCCCUCAAGCACUAGUCCAGUCGCUUAUCAUUUCCUUAUUCCGCCGACAUGUCGCAAAACCAAGGUGAUAUACAGGAGCGCAUAGCCGCCGCCCGCCGCGAGGCGGAAAGCCUGAAGGAGAAGAUCAGGGCAAAGAAGGAAUCGUCGGCGGACACCAGCCUGCGCGCCAUGGCAGCCGAGGUCGACGCGUUGCCUCGCAUCGUUAUGCGUCCGCGACGGGCCCUGAGGGGGCAUCUCGCCAAGAUCUACGCGAUGCACUGGGCCGCCGACCGGAGACACUUGGUGUCCGCCUCGCAAGAUGGAAAGCUCAUCGUCUGGGACGCGUACACUACGAACAAGGUUCACGCCAUCCCGCUCCGCUCCAGCUGGGUCAUGACCUGCGCAUACUCCCCGUCCGGCAACUUCGUCGCCUGCGGUGGUCUCGACAACAUCUGCUCCAUUUACAACCUCCAAAACAAGGAAGGGAACAGUGUCAGGGGUGCUCGUGAGCUGAGCGCGCACUCUGGCUACUUGAGUUGCUGCCGCUUCCUCAACGACCGCCAAAUCGUGACCAGCUCAGGUGACAUGACCUGCAUGCUCUGGGACAUCGAAGCGGGUGUCCGCGUCGUGGAGUUCAGCGACCACACAGGAGACGUGAUGAGCCUCUCCCUCGGCCCCAACCAGAACAUCUUUGUGUCUGGCGCUUGCGACGCCACCGCGAAGAUUUGGGACAUCCGUAGCGGUCGCGCUACUCAGACCUUCACUGGCCAUGAGUCCGACAUCAACGCCGUACAAUUCUUCCCUAACGGCGACGCGUUUGCCACCGGCUCCGACGAUGCUUCUUGCCGUCUCUUCGACCUCCGGGCCGACCGCGAGCUGAACACGUUCACUCACGACAACAUCUUGUGCGGUAUCACCUCCGUCGCUUUCUCCAUCUCGGGUCGCAUUCUCUUUGGUGGUUAUGAUGACUGGACUUGCAAUGUUUGGGAUACCCUUAAGGGCGAGCGUGUGGGUGUGUUGACAGGCCACGAAAACCGUGUCAGCUGCUUGGGUGUCAGCUCGGACGGCAUGGCUCUCUGCACGGGUAGUUGGGAUAGCACUCUCAGGGUUUGGGCCUAAACUCCAAGCUGUUGUAUAUGUACACCUGGAUGCCCACCCCUUUGAUUUCCCGCCGUUGUAGAGAUCCCCGCUGUCAUCCGACUUUGGCGCAGUGGCCUGUCCGACUUGUAUGAGAUCUAUACCCACCUGCGAGCCCCCAUCCACGAUGCAAGGACGCCUCGAGUCGGUCGUUACUCACUUUCUAAGCCCCUUCCACCUUGAUCCCCCUACGUAACUUGUGUCUUAUAUAUCCCGUCACUUUGACCUGUCUUUAUGCUUCUCCUUUCUUCAGAUGCUUCUGAUUAACGUAUAUAGGGCCAAUCCGUAUCUCACUUAUUCGGCGGAAUAUAGCAUACGAUAAACGCAGCUUGAGCUUAUGGAGACUGGCAGUUCGACUUCGGA